AUAAGAUCUACUCCGUUACGCAAACGUAGAGACUGGCAACACACUGCAAGUGAAUUUCAGGCAGACUGAACUGCGCGGCAAAAGAAGGGGGACACAAACAAAAACAUGUGGAUGAGGCGGUGAGAAUACGGUUCUGCAGGUGAGGAGAGCAUCUGAGUGGACUGACUUUGGAACAUCAUGGGUUUGCACUCAACCCAGAAGAAGCACUUCCCCCUGCGGGGGAUCGAUGGCGUGGUUCAGCUGUUUGAUUCUGAGCUCCACAAGCCAGAGCCAGACCUCGCCCUUCUCUCUCUGGUCCUGGGAUUUGUCGAGCAUUUCCUAGCUGUGAACCGGGUCGUCCCCAUCAACGUGCCAGGGGUCCGGUUUGAACCACUGGAGGUGGACUGUCCCAACUCCUGCUUCCCCACUGUGGAACUGGGCAUGAUCUCUGCACUGUACGAGCGUUUCACGGCCCAGAUCCGUGGAGCGGUGGACCUCUCCCAGUACCGGAGGACGGGUUCAGGGUCCAGCAGGGAACUGGUAAAGAAAGUGUCGGAUGUGAUCUGGAACAGUCUAAGUCGUUCUUACUUCAAAGACCGGGCCCACAUCCAGUCUCUCUUCAGUCUCAUCACAGGUACCAAACUGGACAGCUCCGGUGUGGCCUUCGCAGUGGUGGCAGCCUGCCAGGUUCUGGGUCUAAAGGACGUCCACCUGGCGCUGUCUGAGGACCACGCCUGGGUCAUUUUUAACAAAAACGGGGAAGAAACGGCCGAGGUGACCUGGCACGGGAAGGGUAACGAGGACCGACGAGGACAAACAGUCACAGCAGGAGUCAGUGAGAAGAGCUGGCUGUACCUGAAGGGCUCCUACAUGAAAUGUGACAGGAACAUGGAGGUGGCCUUCAUGGUCUGUGCCAUCAACCCGUCCCUGGACCUCCACACGGACAGCUCCGAGCUCCUGCAGCUCCAACAGAAACUCUUAUGGUUGCUGUACGAUCGAGGCGACCUGGACAGGUAUCCUAUGGCCAUGGGCACUCUGGCAGACCUCGAAGAUCAGGAGCCAAUCCCAGACAAGGAGAGCCCCCUGCAAAUCCACCUCAAGGCUGUCGGCUCGGCUCAGAAGUUCUACAACAACGAGCACAUCUACCCUUACAUGUACCUGGCUGGCUUCCACUACAGACACCGGGAUGUGCGGGAGGCUCUGAAGUGCUGGUCCGAGGCAGCACAGGUCAUGCAAGAGUAUAACUACUUCCGUGAAGACGAGGAGAUCUACAAGGAGUUCUUUGACAUCGCCAAUGACGUUAUCCCCACCCUGCUGAAGGAGACAUCUUCUGCUGCAGAGAGCACCGGGGAGGGGGGAGAGGGGGGAGACGGUGCUGACAAGGAUCACCCGAAGCAGGCAGCCGCUUUCUCUGCACUUCAGGACCCAGAAUGCUUUGCCCACCUGCUGUGUUUCUACGAUGGCAUCUGCAAAUGGGAGGAGGGCAGCCCCACGCCGGUCCUCCAUGUGGGCUGGGCCACCUACCUGGUCCAGUCUCUGAGCCGCUUUGAAUCUCAGGUGCGUCAGAGAGUGACGAUCAUCACUAAGGAGCCUGAGCCCCAGAAUGAUGAUGACGACAUGUCCAGCGACGACCCCCGGGAGGGCCGCAGGCGGGGCCCCAGGAGGGAGUCCAAGCUGGAUGAGCAGGGCUCCAGCCCUUCUGCUGUCCCCCCCACCUCCCCCUCCAGCCAGCUAAUAACACAAACACCCCCAGCAGCCCAGCCCAAGAAGGUGGGAGACGGAGGGGGCCGCCGCCGCUCCUCCCAGGGCCUUCGGGGCAUAGACGCAGAAGGAAAACCCCCCAGCCCGGACUCUUCGCCCUCCUCCCCCUCCCCCUCCAGGCCUGUGGUCACCUUCCAGAGUGAGAAGAUGAAGGGGAUGAAGGGGCUGCUGUGUGCUGCCAAGGUGAACUCCAGCGCCAUCAAGCUGCAGCUCACCGCCCAGUCCCAGGUCCAGAUGAAGAGGCAGAAGAGCACCCCCACCGGGGACUACUCCAUGUCCUUCAUGAAGCGCCAGCGCAAGUCUCUCUAGACAUGCUGAUUGUUGGAGGAGGAGACUCUGUAGGACAAACUGUGAACAGACAGCCGAUAAACCUCACUUUUGUUCGUGAGACUUUUUACCAGUGUUUUCAUCCAGAGGUCCAGUUCAGUCAAUCGCUUUCAGCAAUAUAUUUGACUUGCACACUCGAGUUAAGCGUCACAUAUCAGGUUUGAACUGAUGACGUGAACAUUUCACUCUUUAUUUUACUAGGACCAGAAAAACAAAUGCUGCCUUGUUUGAUAGAUUGUAAGCACUCAUUCAUCCUUAGUUUGUGUUUUGAUUGGCAGCCAAUUGCGCACUUACUAUUCAAUUCUCAUGAACUUACAUCCAGAUGUUUUGAAGCCAAAGUAAGGAGGGUGACCAGAAUACAACAUACAGGCGUGUAAAUAUCAACUUGUACCAUUAGGAACCUGUCCAUGACUGAAGCCUUGGAAGUGAUUGUUUUAUUUAGGAUAGUUACUGUGUAACAUUGUCCGCUUCUGCUUAUUGGCAGCUUCUUUCUUGCUAGCUCUUUGUUGCCUUUGUUCUUUCUAAAGUAGGUGGCCUUUAGUUUUGAGAAUAGCUAAGCGAGGCCUUUUUCUAAUGAUUAGAGAAGACCAGGAAGACCAUGCACUGUUGAGAAGGAGCCACAUUAGGUGACCCUGCUACAUCCUAUAUGCUUGAGGACUUGUGGUUGUUGUUGUUUUUGUAUCUGCAAGUAAUAAAGAACUAAAAUAAAACGUAAUGCGAUCUGA